AUGAGUGCAAUUCAAUCCUUAGAUCUCUUAACACAGGGGGCAGGAUAUGGUGUCUUGAUAGGUGUCGGUGCUGCUUUUGCCCUAUUCAUUGUUGUUGCAACAAGGCUCACAUCAAAACAUCUGGGCGAAGAUGCUCAAUCCACUGAAAUGUUCAUGGUGGCUAAUAGAUCCGUUGGUGUUGGUCUAACAGCCUCGUGUGUUUAUUCAAGUUGGACUUGGGCCACUGAACUGCUAUGGUGUGUCACUAUGGUUUAUCUUUAUGGUGUACAGUCUGCCUUUUGGUAUGGUGCUGGGCUCGCUGUCCAGAUUUGUAUUAUGAGUGUAUUGGGUAUUGAAGCUAAAAAGAAAAUCCCAACAAGUCAUACAUGUUUGGAGAUUGUUCAGCUAAGAUAUGGAAAAAUUGCACAUUUACUUUACAUGUUUUUAUGCUUAGUUAACAAUUUGGUUUCUGCAAGCUCCAUGAUCUUGGGUGCAGCUGGUGCUAUAAGUGCCAUGUGUGAUAAUUUGCACAUUGUUGCAAGCACUUUGUUGAUCCCAUUUGGUGUGCUGCUUUAUACAGCUGUUGGUGGAUUAAAAUCAACUUUUUUGACAGACUAUGUUCAUUCUUUAAUCCUUUUAAUCAUUUUGUGUUAUAUUUGCACUGCAGCCGUGACUAGUGAACAUAUUGGUGGUAUCGGUGGCUUGUAUGACAAACUAGUUGAAAAAGCAGCUGCAGGUGAGAUAAAAUACAUUGAAGGAAAUUAUAAAGGGUCGUACAUCACUGGUAAAUCACAAGGUGCUAUUUUCUUUGGUUUGAUUCAUAGUAUUGGUGAUACAGGUUUGACAGUUAUGGACUCCUCAUUUUGGCAAAAGUCUUUUAGCGCAAAUAUCAAGGCUAGUGUCCCAGGAUACUUGAUUGCUGGAGCUUUAAUCUAUGCAAAUGUUUGGGCUCUUGGUAUGGUUAUAGGGUUGGGUAAUGUGGUUUUGGAAGAUAAUCAAAUCUUUCCAACUUAUCCAAACAAAAUGAGUACUUUUGAAGUUAAUUCUGGGUUUGGUUUGAUUUAUACAGUCAAGGCGCUUUUAGGAACUAAAGCACUUGGAGCUCUAUUACUAGUACUUUACUUAUCAGUCACUUCAACAGUAAGUGCCCAGUUGAUUUCAGUUAGUUCCAUUAUAAGUUUUGAUAUUUACAGAACUUACUUCAAGCCAAACGCUUCAAAUAAGCAAUUAAUCACUGUUUCACAUUUAGGUGUUGUGUUUUUCGGUUUAUUUUCAGCUGGGUUUUCAAUUAUGUUACACUAUGUUGGUGUCGAUAUGACAUGGUUUGGCUAUUUCUAUUCAAUGCUGAACACACCUGGUGUUAUUCCAAUGAUUUUAUUAGUUGUUUGGAAAGAUCAAUCCAAAGCUGCAUUCAUCAUAAGUCCUAUUUUGGGUAUCAUUGGAGGUUUGGCUGUCUGGACAGGAAGUGCAUAUGCCUUGUAUGGAUCAGUUACAAUUAAGACUACAGGUGAACAACUACCAUGUUUGUAUGGUGGUCUUACUGCAUUGUUUUUGCCAGGGGUUGCUACUGUCUUAAUCAGUUUGAUCAAACCAGCGAAUUAUGAUUGGAACAAUAUGAGAGAUCAAAGUAAUUUGAUAUUUGUGAAGAAUGAUGAUGACUCUGAUACUCAACCAGCCUCAACCAAUGACUUGGUGACUGAAAAGGGCCAAAAUGCUGAUGUUAAGGAAGAGUCAAAAUUAACUAGCUCGGAAAUAGAAUCUGUGGAUGUUAAUGAAGACAACUUGAUAAAAAAAUAUAGAUAUUUAUCAUACAGUGCUACAAUUAUCGUCUUGCUUGUCACCUGGGUAAUUUGGCCAUUGCCGUUAUAUCGUGACUAUAUUUGGAGUAAAGCAUUUUUCACUGGAAAUGUGGUUGUUGGGUUCAUAUGGUUAUAUCUGGCUUUGGUGAUGAUAGGUCUCUAUCCGUUAUAUGAUGGAAGGCACUCUUUGAAGAGAGUUUUCAACGGUGUUUUAGGUAAGAACUGA